GUUCAGUCGUUGUGCUUUAAAGGCGCCGCGGUCGUACUUGUUAAGUGGAGUGGAGUGGCGUCGAGUCGCGCUGCGGACGUUUAUACCGCCUGUGUGACAGCGAGCGAAGCAUGGCGCACACCCUCACCCAGGAGUACAUGCAGAUCCCUGCCGUGACGAGAGCGUACACGACAGCUUGCGUGCUGACCACUGCAGCCGUGCAGCUGGAAUUCAUCACACCUUUCCAGCUGUAUUUCAAUCCGGACCUGAUCAUCAGAAGAUACCAGAUAUGGCGUCUGGUGACCAACUUCCUCUUUUUUGGGCCUCUUGGAUUCAGUUUCUUGUUCAACAUGAUAUUUCUGUUCCGGUACUGCCGCAUGCUGGAGGAGGGCUCGUUCCGCGGCCGCACCGCAGACUUUGUCUUCAUGUUCCUGUUCGGAGGGACGCUCAUGACCCUGUUCGGCCUCUUCGCCAACCUCUUCUUCUUGGGCCAGGCCUUCACCAUCAUGCUAGUGUACGUGUGGAGCAGGCGGAACCCCUACGUGCGCAUGAACUUCUUUGGCCUGCUCAACUUCCAGGCGCCCUUCCUGCCCUGGGUGCUCAUGGGAUUCUCACUGUUGCUCGGCAACUCCAUCGUCAUCGAUCUGUUGGGCAUCGUCGUGGGGCACGUCUACUACUUCCUGGAGGAUGUCUUUCCAAACCAGCCUGGAGGCAGGAAGCUGCUGGUCACUCCAGGCCUCCUGAAGCUUGUUUUUGACAGUCCCGAGGUGGACCCCGAUUAUUCACCUCUUCCAGAAGAGCAGACUGCGGGUCCCUGGCCAUCCUCCAGGGAUCAGCGAGAGCAGGACCAUGGCCAGGAGGGAGGUCAGGAACCACCCAGGGACCUCCACAAUGGAGACCCCCAGGAGCUUUAGGAGAGAUGUGGGACAGAAUAUUCCAGAAGGACGAUAGAUGGCAUUACAGUGAGAAGUGUGAGGACGGUGUUAAUAAGACCCUGAGCCAUGUGGAACUUUCUGGUUUGGGAGGGUCCUAAUAGAGAAGGGCUGGAAUCCUUCCCUUGUGUCCAGGCGGAAAUAGUCCUGCCAACUGAAAGACACCCCCUUCCCCCCCAGAAGGUACGGCGACACCUGUCCAUAAGAGGAUGGAUGGGGGGUGGGGUCAUAAUUGCUUCCGCAGGCUUGCUUUUGCAUCUUUGUUUUAAUGCAGACCGUUACCACUGUGUGUGUGUGUGUGUGUGUGUGUGUGCGCGCGCAAUGUUUGCACUCAGAGCAGAGUAGUGGACGACUUUUUAAAUUGCAAAGCUGGGACGGGAAUGAGCCUGCGUUGUGUGCGAAUGACGCUGCAGGCAGUUAAACGGUAUAAAUGCAGGUUUGCUCUUGAUGUUGGCGUAUCCAUGACAACGCAUUCAUAAACUGUGACCUGAACAGUAAUGUGGGACUGCCUGGACGCUGCACUGUACUGCUGACCGAGAGGAGAAGGUGGGAUGUGUUUACUUAUCCGAAAUGUACUUCCACUCUGGUGACCUUGUCUGCAAGCAGACGCUGCAGCACCAGUGAAAAGUGUGAGUUGACGUGCGGGAGGAUAGUUUUUACCCACGUUAUGUCAUUUCCUGUUGCACCAGGAACUAAGACACUGUGUCUUCUUCCUAGCCCUUCUGCAGCAGGUCCCAGAGCUGCACCGGUGUCACUUUACUUUCAUUCUUCUGGCCACUUUGUAUAGAGGUGUCGCAGUGGCAAUGACAAUGACUGAGGGCCUCUACGGAUGUGCACCGCAUUCAUAGAUGUGGCGAUGGCCGGAAAAAGGAACCUACCUGGUCAGCAGUUUCCACUCGCAUCCUUUGCGGUCGAGUCACACGCUGCCCACCAAAGCGCUGGAUCGACGGACCACAAACCCAAAUGCAGUCUGGUGCCCAACGGCUUUUGGCGAAGACUGGCGUUUUAAAGCUCCAUAACAAAGGGACUCGGUCAAGAAAGAGACGGGCUCCUUUUAACCGUUCUUGAAGUGACUAACUGCCAUAACUAGUUUUAAUGACCAGGGAUCAGGUGAAAUGUAUUUAUGCUUUCUAUUUGUACAAGCUUUUUGGAAAAACAAAAUCCAUGGGUUUGUGCACAGCUUGUACGCUGGGUGUAUUUGCUUGAGGGAAUUUAGGACCUGCGUCUACUGCUCCGCACGGGGAAGCACAGGAUGCAUCCGCGGGCCUACGGUGGAGGAACCCCAUGAACGUGUUCCGCCAUCCGGCACCGAUUCUGGAGUAGCUACACGGGAAAAAUGUGCUUACUUCAGAAUAAAGAACA